AUGCCCCCCAAAGGAUCAACUCUCCACCCUCCCAAGCCUCCCGCGGACGCCACCCCGACUCCAGCGUCGCAGCAGAUGAAGGCCAACUCGCUCGGGAUCCAGGACUUUGAGCUGCCAAAGACGACCUUGACUAAACUUGCCAAGGGGUCUAUUCCGGAUAAUGUAAAGAUGCAGCAGGAUGUGGUGUUGGCGCUCCUGAGGGGAUCGACAUUGUUCAUCAGCUAUCUGACUGCUGCUGCGCACGACCAAGCAACAUCCAGGAGUGGAAAGACUGUCACGGCAGCGGAUGUGAUCAAAGCUAUUACGGAGAUGGACUUUGGACCUGCGGAUGCGCUGGUGCCGAUAAUGGAGCAAGAGCUUGCUGCCUACCGAAAUCACCAAGCCAAGGCCAAGGCCAACAAGAAGCCUCCCGGACCCGGUCGAGGUCGUGGACCCCGAAAGUCUGCUGCUUCAAAGGCUGGUGGGGACGAGGACGUGGAGAUGGCAAAGGGCGGAGAGGAAGGGGACGAGGUUGACGAGAUGGCGUCCGAGGACGAGGGUAGCGGAGAGGAGGAGGCUUGA